AUGAAAUUUCAACUCCUCGCAUCUCUUUUCGUUGUUUCUUUAGCAACGACCAAUGCUGCUGGACGAUACUUACGGAAUGCCCAAGGUGGAGACGUGACGGCUGAUGAAGUUUGGCUGUUCAGCGUUUCGGCCACCAGAGAUCAAAAUGAACAAGAUGAUGACUGCCGCGAAUACUACGAUAUUUCGGGAAAGAUCUAUGGGGUCACCCACACAUCUUCUUACCAGACUGGAGAUACCGGAUCGUUUCAAUCCUACGUCCUAGCCAAUUUCGCCGGCACUGAUUGCAGCGACACCGAGCCUGCUCCACAGGAGCUCACCAGCGGAUGGUGCGGGUACGUCAUGCUGCAAAGAGACGAUGACGACGGACUCUCCUUGAUUGGCUCGAGAGAAGCCUCCAACGAGUGCGACGAUACUAGAUUUAGGCGUACGGUGUAA